GGGUCUUAUAAGCCUCUCCUGCCUGCGAGCGUCAGUCGGAACUGCCCGCUGCCCUCCCCGCCAGGCGCCCCCCGCAGCAUGGUCUGGAACACCAAUCUCCGCUGGCGGCUGCCGGUCACCUGCUUGCUCCUGCAGGUGGCCCUGGUGGUCCUCUUUGGCGUGUUUGUGCGCUACGACUCCGAUGCUGACCCUCACUGGAUCGACAGUAAGAUGCAACAGAACUCCACCAGCGACCUGGAGAACGAAUUCUACUACCGCUACCCGAGCUUCCAGGACGUGCACGUGAUGAUCUUCGUGGGCUUCGGCUUCCUCAUGACUUUCCUGCAGCGCUACGGUUACAGUUCUGUGGGCUUCAACUUCCUGCUGGCGGCCUUCGGCAUCCAGUGGGCGCUGCUCAUGCAGGGCUGGUUCCACUCCUACGACCAAGGCUACAUUCACGUGGGCGUGGAAAACCUCAUCAAUGCGGACUUCUGCGUGGGCUCUGUCUGUGUGGCCUUUGGGGCAGUUCUGGGCAAAGUCAGCCCUGUCCAGCUACUCAUCAUGACUCUCUUCCAAGUGACCCUCUUUUCAGUGAAUGAGUACAUCCUCCUCAGCCUGCUAGAGGUAAAGGACGCAGGGGGCUCUAUGACCAUCCACACAUUUGGCGCCUACUUUGGGCUCACAGUGACCUGGAUCCUCUACCGACCCAGCCUACACCAGAGCAAGGAGAGACAGAGCGCUGUGUACCACUCGGACCUCUUUGCCAUGAUUGGCACCCUCUUCCUGUGGAUGUACUGGCCCAGCUUCAACUCAGCUGUGUCCAACCACGGAGAUGCCCAGCACCGAGCUGCCAUCAACACCUACUGCUCCUUGGCAGCCUGUGUGCUCACCUCGGUGGCGCUGUCCAGCGCCUUGCACAAGAAGGGCAAGUUGGACAUGGUGCACAUCCAGAACGCCACGCUCGCAGGAGGGGUGGCCGUGGGGACGGCCGCUGAAAUGAUGCUCAUGCCUUAUGGCUCCCUCAUCGUUGGCUUCAUCUGCGGCAUUGUCUCCACCCUGGGUUUUGUGUACCUGACGCCAUUCCUGGAGGCCCGGCUGCGGAUCCAGGACACAUGCGGCAUUCACAACCUGCAUGGCAUUCCUGGCAUCAUCGGUGGCAUCGUGGGGGCCGUGACGGCGUCCUGUGCCAGCAGUGAUGUGUAUGGAGUAAAGGGGCUUGCCAUUGCUUUCGGCUUUGAUGGUUUCAAGACUAACUGGAACGCAAGCAUGCAGGGCAAGUUUCAGGCUGCUGGUAUCUUUGUGUCCCUGGCCAUGGCCCUGGUGGGCGGCAUCAUCGUGGGGAUUAUUUUGAAGUUGCCAUUCUGGGGGCAACCCGCUGACGAGAACUGCUUUGAGGAUUCAGUCUACUGGGAGAUGCCCGAGGAGCCAAAGAGCACGGUCUUGCACCCUGAGGACUCUACCCUCAAGCCCUCAGAACCUUAAACUCCCAGGGCAGGUGAGAAGCAGGCUCCACAGACUGUCCCGGCGCUCCCAAAGGAGCGGUGCUGACCAAGCUGGGAACACAAGAGCAAGGCGAACAGCAUCCCACCUGCUGGCCUGGCCCAGGGUGCCUCUCUUCCCUUCCCCUUCAUCCCAGGGGGCCUGCCUGAGAAUGGAGGAGGAAGAGCUAUAGACAAAGUGGGCAUCCAAGCCAGGCUCUGGCUGCAAGAGGCCUGCCUCCAGGGCUCUUGGUGGCCACAUCCUGGGAAAAGCAGGCAGGAGUGGGGCUGGGAGCUGGCAGUGGACCCGAGCCCUCCUAGGAGACAACCCAGCUGCCAGCCACCAACUGCUGGGCUCCCCCACUCCCUGCCUGCCCCUCGGCCAGCAUCUCCCUUGCUCCCUGCGUCCCCCAGACCACUCUGUUCCGUGCAGAUGGUGGCCUCCGUGAAUAAACGUUCUUGGUGUUCUUUGUAGAA